AUGCUACCAUCCGAGGACACAGUUAAUGCUAUUUUCCCCAAUCCUCUGCAGAACAGGAUGCAACCAGCAGACCCUGCCCCCACGAAGCGUCAACCCUUCCCGGCUUGGAGCGCAAUUGAAGAAACCAAGAAAGCUACCAACGCCGUAACCUCCGAAGCAUCCCGAGAAUUCGACCUCGCCAGCCAAAAAGCGCAAUCCAAGACCGGUCAUAUCGAGCCAUGGAGUGGGAAGUACUAUGCGGCUUGCACGUUUGGUGGACUGUUGGCUUGCGGCUUGACACAUACUGCCGUGACGCCGUUGGAUUUGAUCAAGUGUCGACGACAGGUCGAUGCGAACCUGUAUAAGGGUAACCUGGAGGCUUUUAGCAAGAUUCGUGCUGUGGAGGGGAUGAGGGGUGUGUUUACGGGCUGGAGUCCGACCUUCUUUGGAUAUAGCGCCCAAGGUGCGUUCAAGUACGGCGGAUAUGAAUACUUCAAGAAAUUCUACAGUGAUCUCGUCGGUCCCGAGAAGGCAGCGCAGUGGAAGACAUCCUUGUACCUUGCCGCUAGUGCAUCUGCUGAAUUGAUCGCGGAUGUUGCGCUGUGCCCAUUCGAAGCUGUAAAGGUGCGCACGCAGACGACGAUUCCACCGGAUAUCAGAGGAACCUUUACCGGGCUGGCAGAUGUCAUUUCGAAAGAGGGUUAUGGAGGUCUGUACAAGGGUCUCUACCCCCUCUGGGGCCGCCAAAUCCCCUACACAAUGAUGAAGUUCGCCUCUUUCGAAACCAUUGUUGAGAAAAUCUACUCGUACCUCCCGGGCCAGAAAUCCGACUAUAACAAAGGCGCUCAGACCGCAGUUGCUUUCAGCGGUGGUUACCUAGCCGGUAUUCUCUGCGCCGUGGUCUCGCACCCGGCUGAUGUGAUGGUGAGUAAGUUGAACGCGGGCCGGAAGCCAGGCGAGGCGUUUGGCGCUGCCAUGGGCCGAAUCUACAAGGAUAUUGGGUUCGGAGGAUUGUGGAAUGGAUUGUUUGUAAGAAUUGUUAUGGUUGGAACACUGACCGGCUUGCAAUGGAUGAUCUACGACUCAUUCAAAAUCUUCAUGGGCCUUCCGACGACCGGCGGCGGCCAAGAAAAGCAGUCAAAAUAG